AGUCCAGCGACCAGGCCGGCAAGUCACUUGGGAGUUUGUUGUGCUUUAAUACCUAUAAAUUUGAAAGGCAUAUAGAGAGAGUGUAAAAGCUUCCUUCCGGGGCAAGUAAAAAUCCAAUUAAUUACUUGUAGAGUUUAGAGAGAUCAGAGAGUGAGACAUGGCCGCAACAGAUCAGGUAUCAAAGGAAGCCAUGGCAACGGUGGCUGAGAAGGCACCAAUUACUGCGGAAAGGAAGGUCCGAGGUGACUUGGAGACUAAGCUCCCCAAGCCCUACUUGCCUCGAGCCCUGGCUGCAGCUGAUACAGAAAAUAUAAAUGGCACGAGGGGCCACAAACAUGAGAACAUGUCGGUGCUUCAGCAGCAUGUUGCUUUCUUUGACCAAAACAACGAUGGAAUCAUCUACCCUUUGGAAACCUAUAAAGGAUUUCGUGCGAUUGGUUUCAAUGUGGUUGUUUCCUUCGUGUUGAUGAUUCUGCUCCAUGCAUCUAUGAGCUAUGCUACGUCACCUACAUGGAUACCUUCAGCUUACUUCCCAAUAUACAUACACAACAUACACAAGGCAAAGCACGGAAGUGAUUCAGGGACUUACGAUACAGAGGGAAGGUUCAUCCCUGCAUAUUUUGAGAAUAUGUUCAGCAAAUAUGCCCGUACAGUGCCUGACAAACUUACACUACGGGAGCUUUGGCACAUGACUCAGGCAAACCGUAACGCAUUUGAUUUCUUUGGCUGGAUCGCAAGUAAACUGGAAUGGGGAGUUCUUUAUUUUCUUGCAAAGGAUGAAGAAGGUUACUUAGCUAAAGAAGCUGUGAGGCGUUGCUUCGAUGGAAGCUUGUUUGAAUAUUGUGCCAAGCUGCAAAAGAGUCCUAUUAGUAAGGUGGCAUAAUGCAUGUAUUAUUAAGAUUGGGUCUUUGUGUUAUGAGUUAUUGGAACGUUUCUUUGAAGAUCGGGUAUGCAUAGAUAUGCCGCCUGUAUUCCUUUCUUAUGUAA